AUGUACUACCUUCGGCGGAUCACCAUCACCGUGGUCUCGGUCGUUGUCCUUUAUUUCGCCGUCGUCGCUCUCUACCGGCACCUCAACCCCAAUACGCGGAAGAGCGCGGAGGAAAGAGAGGAUGCGCGCUGGAUAGCAACGUCGGAGUACUGGCUUGAUCGCCAGGCAUGCCGCUGGCUUAGUAUCUGCGGGCUUGCCCACUACCACCCGGACCCAGCCGCGAUAUCAUGGGGGAACCAGAAGAGGACAGGCAAGACCCAGGAGCCGCUGGUGUUAGACGGAGACGACUACGUUAAAUACAUAGACUGGAAGGACAUUGCCGGAGGAGGAAAUAGACUUCGACCAGGGGACUGGGAUGGCGAUGGGAGGGUGCUGAAGGACGUACCGCAAUAUGUGCUUGACCAUGCGCCUUUGAUACAUCUUUACUCCAAAGAGCAGUUCUGGCCAUCGGAUAUGGCGGAACACCUUAUGCAUACGGCCCCGUACCGACACCACACUCCCAUGGGAAUGAACAACUCGCAACACACCGUAUACAACCUCCAUGAACUGAACGAGAAAGAAAGUUGGAGGAAUCUGUUUAUGCAGAGUAAAAACGACGUAGAAACCCGGCCAGAGUGGUUAGGAAGUGCCUAUAACAAGCCGAUGCCAUAUGACGAUGACGAUGGCGAGGGCAAGAAAAGUGAAACCAAUCAACAUACCCAGUUUUCUGCUGAAAAGUCGCCGUGGUAUGAGAAAGAGCCGUGGUACGAUCCCUUGGGACCUAAUAAACCAAAGAAGGCCGAACCGUUGUCUUCCGAGACGUUCCGCGCCCCGGAGCCGCUGCAUCGUCCUUCCCGCCUUGAAAUACGAUCGAAAAGAAGACGCAGCCCUGCUGUUAAAUAUCCAAGCGGUUACUCUCCUGCUCCCGUAGUUCUUAUUAUGGUAGACAAAGGAGACGGCAUCGUCGACGCAUUUUGGUUCUACUUUUACAACUACAAUCUUGGAACCACGGUCCUAAACAUUCGUUUCGGCAACCACGUUGGCGAUUGGGAACAUUCUCUAGUCCGCUUCCACAACGGGGUCCCAAAGGCAGUUUUCUUUUCCGCUCAUUCCGGAGGACUUGCAUACGCUUAUCAUGCGGUUGAGAAGGGUAGAGGACCAGGCAGAGAGGGCCGACCUGUCUUAUAUAGCGCAUAUGGCUCUCAUGCCAUGUAUGCCACGCCAGGAAAACACCCCUAUGUCCUUCCAUUCGGACUCCUCGCCGACGUCACUGAUAAAGGACCGCUGUGGGAUCCGUCCCUCAACUACCUCGCCUAUCACUUCAACACCUCCAUCACCCACGAUCAAGACGCUCGGUCCCUCUCAACACAGGAGAUGCAUGACAAACUCCAGCCGGCUGCGUCCAAUCCACUGGCGCCGAUGGGCUGGUUCUGGUACCUGGGUCACUGGGGUGAUAAAUUCUACGAGCUGGCCGACCUGAGACAGUGGCGGUUUGCCGGCCAGUAUCAUUAUGUCAAUGGGCCACUAGGCCCGAGAUUCAAGAAUCUGGGGAGAAGUAAAGUGUGCCAGUCGAGGGGUAGCUGUACUAUACUAGAGAGUAUCGCAGAAGGGAGGAAAAAGAGUUGGGUUGGUAGACGGAAGCGGUAG